CAACCACACUGCUCGGGAUCACGAAAGAAAGAAGACCAUCGGCAUGGAUCGCGAAACUACAAAUGAAAUGCAAUACCUGCUGCGUAAAGCACAGCUGCGGGCUGAAGCCGCUGAAAGACGGUUCGAGGAAGAAAGACGACAACGCGAAGCAGCAGAGCAACAACUCGAAGCAGCAGAGCAACAACGCGAAGCAGCAGAGCAGAGAGCAGAAGCGUCCGAGCAACAGACACAACGCACAACCUUCAAGGAAUACCUCGACGCAUGUCAUCGGUUAGUCUUCGCCAAACUUCAGGUGGAGUCCAAUCCCGACCGGUUAUCACGAGGUUCUUUGACCAAUCCACAAAGCAAACGUUGUCCUACCAGCCUGCGCCAAUGGCCGGACUUCCUGGAGCAGCAAAGGCGCAUAUUUGGCCGCCUACUAGACACCUUCCCUUGCGAUUCAGACCGGCUCGAUUCAGACCGGCUUGAUUCAGAUCGGCUCUUUGAGAGCGAGCACUUUCUAGCUACCAUGGGCGCCAGAAUCGGCGGGCGAAGCAUCGCAGACGAGAAAGUCCUAGAGUUCUUCUUGCACAACGCUGUAGAGGAUCCAGUGAGGAACAUCAUCAAUCAGCUUGUCAACAUACCGGCCGUCGGAAAGGCAUUCGAUCUUGGCAACGGCAUCGUGUUCGAGAACCACCCGCACGCACUGAGUGAAACGGCGGAAGAGGUGAUCGACAGGCAGGCUCGUACCGUACCACCAAGCACACCAGGGCACGGAGAGAAUCUGAGGAAGCUGCAGGCGGACCAGAUCUGCAUCUACCGCUCCGACGAUGCCCAAGGGGAGCGGACAAGGGCCUACAUCUGCGAGUACAAACCGCCGCACAAGUUGACGGUCCAACAUCUGCAUGUCGGUCUGCGCGUCACGGAUAUGUACAAAGAGGUCGUAAACCGGAAGACGGUACCGACUUCAGAAGACCCAGAGGCGCGCUUCGCAUACCACGCCGAAAGGCUGACCGCGUCAGCCAUCACGCAGACGUACCAUUACAUGAUCGAGGGCGGCCUCGAGUACAGCCUCUUGACAACGGGCGAAGCUAUCGUGUUUCUCAAGGUUGACUGGGACGAGCCAGAGACCCUUUUCUAUCACUUGGCGGUGCCGAGUGCCGAAGUUGCUGCCCAAACGAAGGACGCUCAUCUCUGCACAGCCGUCGCUCAGUAUCUGGCCUUCACGCUGCUAGCCAUCGACGGGUUAGGAAUGCGGUCGCACGGCCAGGAUGAACGCGACCGGGCUACGAAGAAGCUGAACAAAUGGGAGGUGUCAUUCGAUCUGACAUACCGGUCGAUCCCUGAAGAGGACCGGUCCUUUCUCUCGGACAGCUCGCCGGGCUACCAACCCCCUACAUACGGCAAUGUAGAUCGAUCACCGAUCCGUCCACGAAGAAACCCACGGCGCGGUCAAGGCCACGCCGAUGCCGGCAUCCAGCCCUCGAAACGGGACGACGAGUCCGAGUCUUCGGACGAGGAGCCCAAUCGAAGGGCGCCGACCACCCCAACGCCAGCCCAACGAAAUACGCGAGAAGGAGCCCGACGGAGUACGCGCCUAGCCAUGCGACAACGAGGCGGCAGCGUCAAUAACAGCGGGCAACGCCGACAGUUCUGCACCCAGAAGUGCCUUCUUGGUCUGGUCCGAGGACAUGCUCUUGACCAGAGCUGCCCAAACGCUGCACUUCACCGCCAAGAGGCUACGUAUCAUGGCACAGCCCUCCGUCACCCCGUCGACCACGCACAGUGGCUGAACCUGCUCCGGGCGCAGCUAGAGGAGACACUCGACGACGGCAUCACACCCCUCAAGCAGAGCGGUGCUCGCAGUGUACUUUUCGAGGUAACAUUGCUUGCUUAUGGAUACACGUUUGUGUGCAAGGGCACAAUCCAGGCGUUUGUCCCCGAUCUCGAACACGAAGCUGCCGUCUAUCGACGCUUGGAUGAUCUGCAGGGUGUCCAUGUGCCCGUGUACCUGGGCGCCAUCGAUCUGCGAUCCAUGAACAAGACGUACUUUUUCGACCUCAGAGUGUACAUAGUUCACCUGACAUUCCUGGCGUGGGGUGGGAAGAGCCUGUAUGAGGCAUCAGGGACUGUGCAUACCGUGGAGCAGCAAGUCAAAGGCAGCUUGCAUGCCAUGCAUCAGCAUGGUGUCAUUCACAACGAUGUGCGAGCUGAGAACAUUCUUCUUUGUCGGGAAACCAACGGGGUGAUGAUGAUUGACUUCGAGAGGGCGGUGCUAUUGGAGCUGCCACGACCUCCGCUCGCAAGGAUGGCGCCAAACAAGCGUCUCUUGCAAGACGCAACUGGCGAGCGAAAGCGUCAUAAAUCGCGUCGGGUGACGAAAUGCUUUUCCAAGGACAUCCUGAUGGCGAGUGAUCUUUUCGUCGCGACCAGUACAUAGGCCCCGGAUAACUCCAAUAAAAACUUGACCGAGUGGUCCCAG